AUGGAAUCGUUGAAUCGGCUAGAAGACGUCUCGUGCUUUGACUGCACUAUUUUUGUCUUUCCCGCGUACGUAGCCUGUAGCGACGACCAUGCUAAGUGUGCCGAGUGGGCGAAGGACGGCGAGUGUGAGGAGAACUCUCGCUACAUGCACGAGAGCUGCAAGCGCAGUUGCAAGCUGUGCACCAAAGCUUUCACGACGCCAGGCAAACAUGAGGCGGAACAGCAGCCAGCGGACGAGCCACAGCGUGAUCUUGUCGUCUGGUGUCGCCGACACGAGGUGAGACGCCGCGCACGAGAGCAGCAGCCGCGACGAGAGGCGAGACGCCGCGACGAGAGGCGAGACGCCGCGACGAGAGGCGAGACGCCGCGACGAGAGGCGAGACGCGCCGACGAUGAGGUGAGACGCCGCGACGGAGAGCGUGAGACGUCUCGCGACGAGAGUGAGAACGUCGGACGCGCAGAGGCGAGACGCCUGCCGACGCGAGCGCGAGACCGCCGCCGCACGGAGGCCGUAGACGCCGCGCACGAGAGGUGA